AUGCAUUUUAAAGUUACGCUGGAUGGCAGCGGGAAGGAGGACUGUAGUACACUCACACUGCCAUCGAGUUUGUACGUCGAUUGGGAUGAGAUUUCUAGACUGGAUAGGGCUACUGAGAUUGUUGAAUUGGUGGAGGGGGACACAGACGUUGAAAUACCGCAAGUUGCUUCGAAUCAAGACACUAUACUGAGAUUACAACUCUAUGGCCAGUCUAUCACCCUGCCUGUGCACGCGAGAUACCCGCUCCUCAAACAGCGCGCAGGCGUUAGUGAGAGUACUCUGAGGCAAUUUAGUGAUGCGAGUACCAAACUCAGCGACGGCAGACUAACACCACCGACUAAGGAAACUAUCGCCCAGACAAGCACUCCAGAGCUCCUGCCAGGCACUCCAUGGCCACAGCUAAACCAUCAGUUAAGACGGGGACCACACGCGGGAACCAGAGACUUCAGAGCGGCGGAGAAACACUCCAAGAAGGAGGAAUACGCUACUGGCAACUUGGUGUGCGUGCUACUUAAAGCCAACACAUCCCAGCGUGUAGAUGUGGUCGUUGAGUGGUGUGUCUGGUGCAUCUGGUGCAUAGGGAGACUGGGAACGUGCGUAGCCACGCCGUGGUUCCAAGGGCCUUACAAACACCUCCUCAACAUUGACCGAUAUUCUACCUCAGGUUAG